GUAAUGAGACCGCGGAGUCCGCCUGCUAGGGAGUGAAGCUGCUGCCCCGUCAGCCCCCUUUCGCGACGCGGCUCGCUGCUUCCGCGUCGGCCGCGAAGGGAUGGGGACUCGCACUCGGAGUCUCCGCGGGGACUCCCGGCCAUGAAAGGCAGGGACUCGGCAGGGAGCUCAGCACCUGCCGCCGCACGGGGACCGCUUGGCGCGGGCGGGCGGGCUCCGCCUAGCUCACUGCUAUGGACAGUGCGAUCACCUUGUGGCAGUUCCUUUUACAACUCCUCCAGGAGCCUCGGAACAAGGAUAUCAUCUGCUGGACCUCCAAUGACGGAGAGUUCAAGUUGCUGCAGGCGGAAGAGGUGGCCCGCCUCUGGGGGAUCCGUAAAAACAAGCCCAGUAUGAACUACGACAAACUCAGUCGUGCUCUCAGAUAUUACUAUGUGAAGAACAUCAUCAAAAAAGUGAAUGGCCAGAAGUUUGUUUACAAGUUUGUGUCUUACCCGGAGAUUUUGAAUAUGGACCCCUUAGCGGUUGGCAGGAUUGAGGGUGAUGCCGAGUCUCAGGCGGGCUUGAUAGAUGUUAGCAAUGCUGCAAAGGACGUGGAGAACUGUGGGAAGGAGAAGCCUCAGCCCUGUGCAAAGUCCUCCAGCCGCAACGAUUACAUCCACUCAGGCCUAUAUUCUUCAUUCACUUUGAACUCCCUGAACUCUUCCUCUUGUGUAAAACUCUUUAAGCCAAUCAAUAUGGAGAACCCGACUGAGAAACUGGUGGAGAAAAAGGGUCCUCAGGAUCCGACACCGUCGGUCAUAAAAUUUGUGACCGUGUCCUCCAGAAAGCUUUCGAUCUCCCCCCUCGCCUCUACCGCUCAGCCACCCUCUACUCUGUCAGCUGCUUCCACUCUCCCUUCUGGCUCAGAUGAGAGUCUCCAGGCUUUGGAGUCCCUGGUAACACCGAAAGCUGAGACGUCCACAUCCUUGCCGUGCUUGACCGCCAAUUUCGCCCCUACUCCUCCUGCAGCCUCCGUUUCUCCUCCUCUCCAGGUUCCUCCCAGGUCUCCUUUGCCACCUUUAAGUUCUGAUCUGGCUAUAGACACAGAUCCUGAGCCUGUGUCGUGCCAGCAGCUGGAACAUUCUCAGAACCAAGUCUUGGAGUUCAAAGAGCAGGGUUCUUCCAUGCUAGAAAAGGAGUUUCGUCAUAGCCGAACUAGAAAGCCUAAAGGGCUGGAAAUUGCUCCCACUCUGGUCAUUACUGGCAGUGACCCAAGUCCGCUGGGGAUACUAAGCCCUUCUCUCCCUACUGCUUCUCUUACACCAGCACUUUUUUCACAGACGCCUAUUUUGCUGACCCCAAGCCCCUUGCUCUCCAGUAUCCAUUUCUGGAGCACUCUCAGUCCAGUUGCCCCUCUCAGCCCAGCAAGAUUGCAAGGUGCUAACACCCUUUUCCAGUUUCCAUCGGUGCUGAGUACUCAUGGACCAUUUACGAUGUCCGGAAUGGACGGCCCCUCCACUCCUGGGCCUUUCUCCCCAGAUUUGCAGAAGACAUAGGGUAUGGCCUUCUGGAAAAAGGACAGGUGGAAAUCAAGAUAAAGAGGUUUCAUCAAAAUGAUGAAAUCUGUUUUCAAUAUGGGGUUUGCAAUUCCACAGAGACAAUAUGAAGAGGCUUAGGGUUUUUUUUUUGCUAUUCCCGGUUUAAAUGCCUUUUCAAAAAUUUCUUUCAAGACAUAAGGGAAUUUUUAUGGAAACGCCUUAAUUGGAGACUGUUCUCCAAGAUCACUUUUCUCACCUGGUUCUUCUGAUUUAAGAAGGCUUCUCUUGGUAAAGCGAUUUUUCUUGAGGGGGGUGGAAUGCAAUGAUUGAUUCUGCAGCAGCUGAUACCAGUCACAACUUUCCUUUUUGACUGGUAACCUUUUGCCCCUUUGCUUCUUGUAUAACCUAUCAAAAUAUUAAUCUCCAUUGGAAGCUGGCAUUCCAAGAAAUACUUGGAAAAUGUUUUUGUUUUUUUUAAGGCUUGCUUUAGGGUUGAUAAUUUCUCUAUUAGUAAUGCAGGAAUGCUGUACGAAAAUAUAUUAUCUCUUUGUAAGAGGAAACUUUUCAGGAGCAUUUUAUGGUGAUAUAGAAGAACUGGGCAAAAUUUUAAGGGUGUUGCCUGUAAAUAGAGAAGAUCUAGUUGUGUAUCCUUUAGCCAAAAUUGUUGAUUCAUCUCCAGAGAAAUGCAUAGCACAUGGAAUGAAUGAAUUGUUUUGGUCUUUAGAAAUAUUUGGAUGUUUUACGUCUGAUAUUGCUUGGUAGGUUUAAAAAACAAAACCCUGGUAUUUAAAGAAGCACACCAUUUUAACUGCAGAUCCUGGCAACUGAUGUUUUGUGGCAUUGGGGUAACCAUAUAUCUGAUAUGCUGUGUGUGGUGUUGUCUUGAUGCUUGAUAAGGUCGUAUGUAGAUCUGACAUUUGAGCAGUGAAUGUUUGCUUGUAUUCUAUUAUUUUAUUCUCCCCUGUCCCCUUUCAACAAAUAAGGUAUCCAAAGAACAGUCAGUGCUGCUCUUGGCUCCUGAUACCUCUGGGUGAUCCACUUUUCUUUUUGGCCACACUCUCACUCGGAUUUAAAGUUUGAGCAUGUUGAUGCUCCUAAAAGUAGAAAUAAUGUGUGGCUAUUUGAAAGUGUUCCUGUUGAUGAGGAGGGUGUGAGUGGGAAAGGGCAAGGUGGUGUGGGCUGCUUUAUAGCCUGAAAGAGCUAAAAGCUGCUUUCAGACUGCACUUAAUCUUGCGGCAAGGGAGUGGUUAAACCAUACUUGAACUGCUCUUGGAUGUCUCCACUAUGAGGAUAGUUUAGAGGUAAUUUGGUGGUCAUGUUAUGCUGGCUUCCUGAUGUGGCGGUCUGGCUUAUAUGACUGGAAAUUGAAAGUAUGAUGGGAACCUGGACAGAUGUUUACAGCAUUAGUUGUUAUCUCUCCAUAGAAAGAGAUGCAUUGAGAGGCAUAGUAUUUCUGCAUAAGUGCUACCCUUAUCUUCUAGAUUUGGGCCAAAGUCCCGAAAGUACCACAAGACCUGUAGCGUCACAUAGCUAUUUGAUGGAAAGGUAAGAUAAAUACCAGGAAUGGUGUUCGGCAGGGUUUUGCUUUUUUUUUUUUUAAUUGGGAAGUGUUGACCAGCUACUUAUUAAGGACUAAAUGCAACUUCAAAAUAUGUACCUAUGUAUGAGAGUCCCCUAGGGCUGAGUACCAUGCUAAAGCAGAAGACAUUAGCUGGUGUCGUCCCCCCCCACACCCACUGAAAUAGAUAUACUAAAUUUCUCCUUCUCCCAUAGAGUUUGUGAUGCACCAUUCACAAGAACAGUCAGAAGUUAAUAUCUUGGACUACCCUUCCAAAACCACUUCUGGUAAGAGGAAAGGAAUGGUGUAAUAUAGAUUAGAACCCAAAGAGACAGCAGAAGGUGUGUUCUUGUCUGUUACUGAAGGUGCAUUGCUGUCAUUCAUUUUCCAGACGUGAUCAGCUAAGUCAUUUGAAAGGUCCAUGUCUGUUGUGCCUAAAUUGAAUGUGCAAUAUUUCCAUAUAUUUUGUUUAAUGCAGACAUGCAGAAAAAUAGCUGCAAGUAGUAAGUGAGAGGAGGCAACCUGCACCCCCGAGUUUGCACAGGGGGUUUGUAUUCUGCCUCAUGGGCUAAAGUAAUGACAGCACUUUUUAAUAGCAGCCAAUCUAGGCUGGCUGCUUUUGGCAUAUGUAUUGGGGGUAGGAGAGAAGUCAGAGCGAGGUUUUGUUUUGCUUUACAUUUCUUCUUGAGUGCUAAAGGAAUGCAAUCAAACUAUUUGUUCUUUUGUCUUCUUUCUCCCAUCACCAAAGGAAACAGGCAGGGUAUCUUUCGUCAGAUAUUUCUUGUGUCGUAUAUGGUGCACCUGUGCUGCAUGUAUAUUUAAAAACAUGUAAGUGAACCAAAGUUGGGCCAUCUUGGUAGCAGUUUUGUUUAUCCAGGUUUCACAAUCUAGCCCCACCAGUCUCAAAAAGAUGCACUGUUGUAAGCUGGCUUGUUAUACUGGGCUGAGGUAUACAUACACCUAUUGCUCUUCUGUUUCGAGUGAUUUGAUAGAGCUCCGUGGCUUCAUUUUGUGGAGGCUUUGCUUUUCUAUUUGGUCUUGACCAGCUCUCUGCUUCAUCCUUGACUUGGUAGGUUGUUGGAGGGCUUACAGCGAACAACUGUCUCGUGCUUUUAGCCACUAUGCUACAGCACCCUCCCUCCACCCCAGUGCCACCUUUGAAGGGUGGAAUUGGUGCAGCUCUAUUCUGUCAGUGAUCCAAGUGCUAGUAGAAUUGGGAUUUCAUGCUGCAAGGUUUCAAAAGAGAUAACCAGCUAAUAUAGAUAUUUUGUAUUUGUGUUUCAGCCAGUUCCAAGGUUGGACAGGUCUUUUUACUUUCAUGCAUGUUCUCUUUUAGUUUUGUUUUUUGAUGUGUUGAAAACAUUUUAAUUUUCACAAGAAGUUUUUCUUAUGCUUUCAACUGUGUGCAAACUUAAGUUAGGGUCUGAUCUAACUUUAAAUGCUGGAUGUUCUAUUUGUGUGUGUGUGUGUGUGUGUGUGUGUGUGUGUGUGUAUAUGCGGAAAGGAAAAUAACCAGGUGUGUCACCGAGUUAAGGGAGUUAACUGUUUCUUAUUUGGGAGUUAUUUGGGAGAGAAGAGCAAUUCUGAUUUGUAUUCUGCAUACUAUGUUGGCAUGAAUUGGUGUCCGAUUGCUCUUUACCUCAUUUGCUCAGUUUUGGCAGUCUUUGGGGUAGCCUAAAUCAUUCAUUGUAUCUGCUAGAGUUAUAUUGUUGCCAACUGUUUUAUUGCCUUUUGAAGUAUCUAAUUGCAUGUAAGCACUUGUUCACACAGCACAUCUUUGUAUUGUAGCAAGAGGGCUGCUGUUUGUUUUUAAAACAGAAAGAGUGAUUAAGGGCUGCCCAAGAAACUAAAUGUUGUUUUUCAAGUUCUAAGUAAGCAGAAAGGACUUCCUUCUUUUACCUUGUGUCAGUUUCCCCAAGCACGUGUAUUGGAUUUCAGCCGCCAUUCACAGUCAUCCCACCAAGUUUUACAGCAGUUGAAGCUGAAACAGAUUGUGAGAGGGCGCAAUGAACCCAUUAUUAUCUUUGAUUCUAUGUUGAGAUUCCUGCAUUGCACGGGGUUGGACUAGAGGGCCCUAAAUUCUGUGAUUCUAAGAAAUGCCAGAGAACUUUAAAUUCUCCAUGGCUGUUAACGGGAACAUAAAUAGUAUCAGUAAGCCACAAGGGAAUGACCUAAUCUAGUGCCGCUGAACACAACAGCUCCUAAUCUUGCCAAUGUGUGCAGCCUUUUUUUCUUGUGGAGAAAGCAUUAGGCUGAUGUCUGUGGCCCUGGAGAAAAGUGUGAUGUGGUCCUUAAAGGGCUCAAGGGUAGAGGAGAGUAUUUAAUACAGUCAUUUGCAAAGUGAAACUGAAGUACAAUUAAUGGGUUGUGGUAUGAUUUGGAAACACAUCUUCUCCCCCCCCCCCCAGGGGCUGUAGUGGUUAGACCUAUCUUAAAAGAUGGAUGGAUAAUAUUUGAUUACCUUGUAUUGUGCUUUGCUUUAUUUUGCUUUUCACAUGUUGUGUAUCAUAUUUGUUAGUUGCUUGGAGAUGCUUGGGUAAAGUUGCUAAUAAUCUUAAACAGUGCUAAUUCCCAUCUUGCUAAACCAUAGCUUAGUGGGUGGAAUUGAGCAGCGUGACUAUUUCACUGCUUGCUUCUUGGUUUAAUAAAGCGACGUUUAGCUGUUGCAUCCCAAAUGGGGAACUGAAUGUUCACCCCGAUCUUAAACCAUCUUCAAACUCUAGUUUAAUAUCCUGGCUAGUAAAUCAAGAUUAAACCACAAUUCCCCAUUUUUGACAUAACAGCUUGCUGUGGCUGGAGCACACAGUUUUGUCAUUUGUUCCCAGCUACUGAACAGUGGUUUAAGCAAGCUGCGAACUCAGCAUC